AUAAAAUUUAAUUUUGAGAAUUGUUUAGAGUAGUUUAUUUUUGAACAAUAGUUCAUCCCACUUAGAUGAUGUCUGCAGCAUCCUGCUACUGGUUUGAGUUUGCUGAGGAUUUUGUAGCAGAGAUAAAGCCAGGCACAAAGAAAGGCUCUACACAUGUGCUAUAGUUUGGAGAAAUCGACUAAAGAGAGCAAGCUGGCCAACUUAGCUUCAAUGAAGAAACGAAGAACUUAGUGUAGUGUGACAUUGAAAGAUGGCAGAUGUGUUUCCGACAAGCUCAGCACAAGGUGUACUGCGUACUGCUGUAGAAAAGUCUCAAGAGCGAGAACAGGGAGAUGGUGCACCAGUGCCAGAGCAUCAGAAGGGAGAGCCCCAACAUGUAACCUCACAAUGCCAAGUAUCAGCUCUAAAGAGAAGGCAGACAAUGUCCAAGCCUUUCACUGUCACUGUCCAUAUCGACCUCAUGCAGUUGCUGCUGACAGCUAUUUCUCUUGUGUCACGGACGUGGGCGUUAGGGCUUCCCCGUGCCGCCGUGUUUGAUGAGCUUCAUUUUGCCAAGUUUGUGUCCUUAUACAUGAACAGAGUUUUCUUCUUUGAUGUUCAUCCACCCCUGGGAAAACUUCUACUUGCACUGGCAGGAAGCUAUGCAGGCUUUGAAGGUGACAUCAAGCUAGACAGGAUUGGAUCAGAGUUUCCACCCACAGUGCCAGUGGAGAUCCUUCGCCUAGUGCCUGCAGUCACAGGCAGUCUUGUGGUGCCCUUGGUGUAUCAGAUUUGUGCAGAAUUGCAGAUGUCAAGGUGGGCUGCAACCAUGGCUGCAGGAUUUGUCCUACUUGACAAUGCUCUGCUGGUGCAGUCUCGUUUCAUGUUAAUGGAAGGCAUGAUGAUUUUUUUCUCUUGCCUUUCUGUCAUGUCUUUUCUGAAGUUCCGUGGUCUUUCUCACAGGUCAUUUUCUGUUACUUGGUGGUUUUGGCUGUGCCUCACAGGAAUUAGCUUUACCUGUUCUCUCAGUGUCAAAUACACUGGGGCUUUCACGGGAAUCUUGAUCCUGUAUCUAGCCACCAAGGACUACUGGAAUAUGCUGGAUGACCUUACUAUUUCAGAUAGCUGCUUGGUGAAACAUCUGUUUGUUCGCACACUUGCCCUUGUUGUGCUACCUGUGUGCAUUUACCUGGGUAUAUUUUACAUUCACCUGAGUUUACUGACCAAAGCAGGACCACAUGAUACUGCCAUGACCAGCGCUUUUCAGGCCAGCCUUGAGGGUGGCCUGGCAGCCUUGACCAAGGGUCAACCUUUACAUGUUGUUUAUGGAUCUCAAAUAACCCUGCGGCACACGACUAAUGUAGGAAGUAGUCCUUGCUGGCUGCACUCCCAUGCUCAUGUGUACCCCAUUCGUUAUCCAGACUCUCGAGGAAGUUCCCAUCAGCAGCAGGUCACAUGCUACAUCUUCAAAGAUGUGAACAACUGGUGGAUUGUCAAACACCCAGAUAGAAACAGCUUGGUGGUAGAUGAAAAGCCUGUGCCUGUAAGACAUGGUGACGUUGUGCAGCUAAUUCAUGGGAUAACAAGUCGGGCUCUCAACAGCCAUGAUGUAGCUGCUCCAGUUACACCACAAAACCAGGAGGUAUCAUGCUACAUUGAUUACAAUGUGUCCAUGCCAGCACAGAAUUUAUGGAGGGUGGACAUCACCAAUCGUGAAAGCCCCACCGACAUCUGGCAGACAAUACAGAGUCAGGUUAGGCUUAUCCAUGUGAACACAUCUGCUGCAAUAAAAAUUACAGGAAAGCAACUUCCAGAGUGGGGUUUCCACCAGCUUGAAGUGACUGCAGAUCGCCUUAUCAACCAGCGAGACACAAUCUGGAAUGUAGAAGAGCAUCGAUAUACCAAAAACCAAGGAAAACAAGACCAGACAGCAGAAGUAAGGGAUGCAGAAUUACUUCCUCUUGAACCCACACGGCUUUCAUUCUGGGCCAAGUUUUGGGAGCUGCAAAUCAAGAUGUUCACGUCUAAGCAGGAUGCAGAAAUGGAGCACAAAUACAGCUCGCAGCCACUAGAAUGGCCUUUCAUGGCUCGAAAUAUAGCCUACUGGAUGAGCCCAGACAGCAAUGCUCAGAUUCACUUGCUGGGAAACAUUGUCAUCUGGUCUGCAGCCACUGUUUCUGUGAUGCUGUAUUUACUGCUUGGAGUGUUCUACUAUCUGAGACGACAGCGAGCAGUUUAUGAUAUCACAGAAGCAGAGUGGCAGCACUUUAUUUUUGUUGGGGAGUUGCUGGUAGGGGGGUAUCUUUUGCACUACCUCCCGUUCCUGACAGAUGACCGCACGCUAUUUCUCCACCACUAUCUGCCAGCACUUGUCUUCAAAAUUCUCACCUUGGCAGCAUUAAUGGAUCACCUGUUAACCAUCGAGUCCAGAUAUGUGUCCAUAUCAAGCCUCAUGAUCGGUGGAAUGGGCGUACUGACCGCUGGUGCUGCCUAUGCUUUCUUGCAGUUCUUACCUUUUUCUUUUGGAAAUGCUGAUUUAUCUGCAGAAGACAUUCAGAGUCUCACCUGGCGAGAAAGCUGGGAAUUUUUGCAGCAUAGCCGUGUUUAACUAGCAUCAUUAUUAAACUUCAUUUCUGGCUUUUGGAAAUGAAGAGAGGAAGUGGCCAUAACUCUUCACAGUACAGUCAAACAUAUCAAGUCGAAAAACUGCAUCAAUGCAGUAAUUCACAGAGCAAGAAACAUCACACAGCAAGCUGUGUGAAAAUCAGAACUGCAAAGAGUUAAUAUCAGACAUUCCACAUGAUAUAUGAUAUAUUGCAUGAAGUAAAAAGCAGUUCACAAAAAUAGAUUUAGUUAACGUGGUGAAUAUAUACAAGUAUUUGUAUAGAACUUUUUUUGAAGUUUUUUUAUGGGGGUAUUCUCAUCAUUUUAAAGGAUGACUGUUUAUAUGAAUAAAUUAACAAGAUGUUAGGCAACCCAUCUUUUGCUGACAUUAUUACUGAAGAUCCAGCACAAGUUUAGCAAUGGUUAUCUAGAAAUCUAAAGAGCAGAAAGUUUCUUUAGCAGAAGAGGAUUGAAAUUUUACUUAGCAGUCCUACAGAAACUAGCUUCUAAGAAUGCCUUUGCUAUGACAUAUGUCCAGAAUGUUCGUUGUUAUUCAGAUUUUGGUCUCUCAUUAAGGUACAUCUGUUGAAGACACAAAAAUCCUCUCAUCCCAGCUUAUAGAACGAGAAGUAUUAUCUGUUGGAAGCAAGGAUCUAUUCACUCAUUCUCUGUGACUUCAGUUGCAGCAUGAACUGUCCAUAUAGUUCUUAUGAAGAGAAAAUGUGUUUACAAAUGUAAUGUAUAACUUUUAUGUGCAAUAUUAUCCUCUAGGCUUCAUACCUUUAUCUUUCUCAACAUAAUGCUGUGUUUUAAAGCUGUCACAUGUACACAUUCUUCAUCUGUCUGCACACUUUUCAUUUUUUAAACAGUUUUUAUUGGGUCAAUAAGUAAUAAAAUCCAUUAACCUGUA